AUGGCUGCGGCCAUGAUAAAGGACCGUGGACUGCGUAAAAAAUUAACCCAAGAAGCUAUACCAGAAAAAACACCCAAAAAGCCAUCUAAACGCAAAUCGACACCCAGUAGCUCGAAAAACGAAAAGAAAAACGAGCAAAACAACAAUAAAAGACCCAAGAUCCAGACGGGCGAUCCGAAACUUGAUUUGUUUUCGACUUACCAGCCGUGGGUCAUUCAAACUUAUGGUGACUUGGCCAAAACAAAAACAAUCACUUUAAAAAAAUACGCCAGGAUUCUUAGAACUCUCCGCGGAGAGGAGUGCAACAGUUCUGACAGUUCCAAGUUCCGGUUUUGGGUUAAAGCGAAGGGGUUUCAUGUUGGGAAGCCUCCCGGAUAUGAUCCGAAGCCGGCCGACAGCAUUGUAUGCAGAUACAGCGUCGCUGAUGCUGAAGGAUGUACUAGGGGCACAGAAGGCCAGGAAGUAUACAGUGGCUCUCAAAAUGAUCCGCCACUUUACAUCCCGACUCCACCUUUGAAGGUGAGUGCUUAA